AUGCCGAGGGAAACUGAUACUUGUCAUAGUUGUGGCAAAUUAGGGCACUGGGCAACACAAUGUCCCAACAACAACGAUUUCGUCGGAGCUGAUGGUAAGAAAUUUCGACGUUCCCUGCCCUGCCGUUGCGGCGCUGGCUCUUGCAAACUUUUCACCUCUAACACCCUUAAAAACCCUGGACGCAAUUUCUACCGCUGCCCCGCCAACGACAAAACAAAGUGUCAGUUUUUCAAGUGGGCUGACGAGAUAAAUUUAGACGAAUUUAUCAACGUUCCGCUUUGCCGUUGCGGUGCUGACUUUUGUCGCGUGAGACCUAAUGCGGAUCGGAUCUUCUUCAUCUGUCCGAUACAAAAGGGACAUGGAGCUUGUGACUUCAAACUAUGGCUAGAUUCUGAGGAAGCAGUAGCACGAAGCACCAAAGUAAAUGAAAGCACUAGUUCAUAUCUGUCGACAUUGACUAGCAUUGAUGUCAGUCAUGUAUCUAGUGACUUGGUUGAGGAAUGCAAUGUAAGAUUUGGAGUCGGUCAUACGGACACAUCCCCUGAAGAGAUUUAUAAUCACCUCAACACUUUUCCUGCAACAACUGGACCAGUGAAGAGUCACACAGUAAUUUUAGAGGAUUUAAUUGGAGAGGACGAGGUGUUGGAUGAACCUUCAAGAAAGCACUGCAAAAGAUUGCGAUAUGAUGAGCUGAAAUUUGGUGAUACUUCUCUUCUCUCUUCAAUUGGAUGUGUGCAAUUGCCAACAACCAAGUCAAGGAACUGUUUGGCUGAAGAAAGGCUUCAUCUGUCUCUUCUGGAAUCUGAGGGGGAGAUUCAUCCAAUACAGACUAAAGUUCGCAAACAGAUUCUUGUAGAGGUUUCAGGUUUGUGUAGAAACUUACUUUUCUUCUCCUGUUUUCUGAUUUGUUCAUUUGGUUCUUCCGUAGCUCAUUCUUUUGCCUCACCAAUGCAUUUGGUGGCAACAGUGGAUUGGAUGUUGAAUUCUAUUCAUCAAAAUUUAGAUCUUACACUUCAGGGUUGGUGGGGAAGGCUUGUGUUCCAUCCUCCUCGGUGCUUGAUGGUACCCUCGGUAGAGCGUUUUACUUCCUAUAUUUUUUCUCCUGAGCCCAUUUUUAUCCUUCAAGAUAUGGGUGAAGAAGAUGAUGCUUCCCUAGCCACUCAGCCAAGAAAUCUUUUACCAACUGAAAUUAACAUUUGUACAGUGCUUACUGUUGAUGAAGAUGUGCAGCUCAUAGACUCUCUCAAAAAAAAGUAUGAUGGAAAAAGUUUCCAUGGAGGUGGACAAAGCAACAUUAUGAGGUGCUCGAUCUCAAAGGUGUUUUUGCAGGCUGUUGAUCGUCUUUAG